ACCGCCAGCCCCGGUCCCUGGUGGGCACGACUGCCUGGGCCCGGCUUCAGCCCCUCGUGCCGGUGGAUGCAAAGCUCCGGAGUCCUUGAGUGCGAUCGGCGACCGAACCUGAAUUCUGAGAGCCAUGGACAGAGGCGCUGGGCUGGAGCCCCAGGCGGGAGAGGCGCAGGAAGCGCGCGCCAGGGUAGGAGCUGUCCAAGAGAACUGCGAACCCGAGUCUUUCAGGUCCCAGAGUUUACCCGCUCUGAACAGCGCCUCCUGCCCGCCAGACCCGAGUCCCGAGAGUGAAGAAGGCUCCGAGCCCGCCCCCAGCCAUCAGGAGUUGAAGUCAGACCCCUACCCGCCGGCCCCCAGCCCCUCUGCCCCGUCUACUUCGGCAGAGACGGCAGGACUGGCGGAACGUCGCCACGGGGUAGAAAUUGGCAAAACCAUGUCGGUAUCCUCCGCCCUGGCCAUGCUCCAGGGCAGAAGAUGCCUCUACGUGGUCCUCACCGAUUCCCGUUGCUUCUUGGUUUGCAUGUGCUUUCUGACCUUCAUCCAGGCGUUGAUGGUCUCCGGGUACCUGAGCAGCGUCAUCACCACCAUUGAAAGGCGCUACAGUCUGAAGAGCUCCGAGUCGGGGCUGCUGGUCAGCUGCUUUGACAUUGGGAGCCUGGUGGUGGUGGUGUUCGUCAGCUACUUCGGCGGCCGGGGACGGCGGCCCCUGUGGCUGGCCGUGGGGGGUCUCCUCAUCGCCGUGGGGGCUGCCCUCUUCGCCUUACCUCACUUCGUCUCGCCGCCCUACCAGAUCCAAGAGUUGAACGCCUCCGCCUCCAACUACGGCCUAUGUCAAAACGGCAACUCCUCGGUCAAGAUGGAGCCUCCCACCUGCCUGAAGGACUCGGGCGGCAACGACCACUGGGUCUACGUGGCUUUAUUCGUGUGCGCACAGAUUCUCAUUGGAAUGGGCUCCACACCUAUUUAUACCCUGGGACCAACCUACUUAGAUGACAAUGUCAAGAAAGAAAACGCAUCCUUGUACCUAGCCAUCAUGUAUGUCAUGGGAGCACUCGGUCCUGCAGUGGGAUAUUUACUAGGUGGACUUCUUAUUGGUUUUUAUGUUGAUCCCAGAAAUCCUGUUCACCUUAACCAGGAUGAUCCUCGUUUCAUUGGGAACUGGUGGAGUGGAUUCCUCCUUUGUGCCAUUGCAAUGUUUCUUGUGAUAUUCCCAAUGUUUACUUUUCCAAAAAAGCUUCCGCCUCGACACAAGAAAAAGAGAAAGAAAAAAUAUUCCGCGGAUGCUUCUGGUGAUGAUGACGUUAUGAAGGAGAAACCAGACAGUUGUGAACAAGUGGACAAAACAGUUUCUUCUAUAGGAUUUGGGAAGGAUGUCAGAGACCUACCAAGAGCAGCUGUCAGGAUCUUAAGCAACAUGACAUUCCUUUUUGUGAGUUUGUCAUACACAGCUGAGAGUGCCAUUGUAACUGCUUUCAUUACCUUCAUCCCCAAGUUCAUCGAGUCACAGUUUGGUAUUCCAGCUUCCAAUGCCAGCAUCUACACUGGCGUCAUCAUUGUCCCUAGUGCCGGUGUUGGCAUUGUCCUGGGAGGCUACAUUAUAAAAAAAUUGAAGCUUGGUGCAAGAGAAUCUGCAAAACUAGCAAUGAUCUGCAGUGGUGUGUCUUUACUGUGCUUUUCAACCCUGUUUAUUGUUGGAUGUGAAAGUAUCAAUCUAGGGGGCAUAAACAUCCCCUACACGACAGGACCCUCUCUGACCAUGCCGCAUAGGAAUCUGACAGGAAGCUGCAAUGUUAAUUGUGGUUGUAAAACACAUGAAUAUGAGCCAGUCUGUGGAUCGGAUGGAAUUACAUACUUUAACCCUUGUCUGGCUGGCUGUGUUAAUAGUGGGAAUGUGAGCACCGGGGUGAGUAUAUUUCACAAGCUCCUGUCUGUAAAAGAUGAAGAGAGGCCUUUUGCCCUGGGAAUGCAGUUUGUUUUAUUGAGAACACUUGCAUACAUUCCGACUCCAAUUUACUUUGGAGCAGUUAUUGACACCACCUGCAUGCUUUGGCAACAGGAGUGUGGAGUGCAAGGCUCUUGCUGGGAGUACAAUGUCACGUCAUUUCGUUUCGUCUAUUUUGGUUUAGCAGCCGGCCUCAAAUUUGUUGGCUUUAUAUUUAUUUUUCUGGCCUGGUACUCCAUUAAAUACAAGGAGGAAGAACUUCAGAGGCAGAGGUGGAGAGAGUUCCCUCUGAGCACCGUGAGCGAGACGGUGGGCCACCCCGACAGCGCCAGGAAGGCUGCCCGGACUCGAUCUUGUCCCGCUUUCAGCACCCAGGGAGAAUUCCAUGAAGAGACUGCUCUGCAAAAGGGGAUCCAGUACACAGCGCAGACCUAUCCAGGGCCAUUCCCAGAAGCAAUAAGUUCCUCCCCAGACCUGGGGCUGGAAGAAAGCCCUGCGCCCAUGUAGCCUCCCUCCUGAAGCUUGAAAAUGAAAGACUUUGGUUUUGUUGGUUGAGUUGAAUAUGGCGACUUGAGAAACA